AUGACAGACCCCGCUCCAGCAACAAUGGCUUCUCACACAGCGUAUAUCAUCAUUUCCCCCGAUCCAAGGUACUGGGCUGCUUUGGAUCCCACUGUUGUUGUGUUGCCCUCGCCGCCUCAUUCUGUGGUGAACGCUGUCGGCACCAACUUCUACGUCAAGAUCGGCGACCAAGGGGCAGACGGUAAAGGCGCCGUAUCGGCUUACAAAAGGACCAACCCAUCAUUUUUCUGGAUCGACUUGGUAAUCAAGGACCAUACAGGGCAUAAGUUCGCUGCUGGUAAAACGCUCGAAAAUAUGAUACUCGGGAAGGUGGUCCAAGGGGAGGGGAUGUUCAAGCAUAUCGGCCAUAGCAACGAAUGGUUCUAUUGCUUCAACAACGCUACAAACUUGUUGAAUUUCAUCAACAACGUCUGCCUCCCGAAUGACGAUGGUUUCCUCACAUACGACGACGUCAAAGAUGCGUACAGUAGUAUAGAAGGAUACUUCCGCACUGCGUAG